GUCCCAGGCGUGUUUCCAGGACGAAGGGGAAUCGGGCCAGCAGCCAAGAUGUCGCCCGUGGGGAAAGUGUCCCAGGUAGAAAGCGGCAAAGUCUACCAGCAGAUCUUCCAGGCCCAGGUGCAGCUGGUUCAAUCUCUGGCAGCCACCAGGAAGCGGGCUGCAGAGCAUUCUGGGACUCCAAAAAAUGUCAAGGUACCCAUGAUGAAAAAGGUGGCGUUCCCUGAAGGGGAAACAAUGACCCCUCGGCAGAGGAAGUGGGUGCACAGCCUCCCUAAUGACUGGGUCACAGAAAACCCAGUUCUCUAUAGGGAAAAGGAACAAGCCAGGAGGGAAAAGAUGCGUGAGACGGAGGACAUGAUUGCUGCCCGAGAGGUGCGGGGCCUCAUGGACAACAUUGUUUCUGAGAAGAGGAGCUCCAUCACCCUCCAAGCGCAAGAAGAAUACAAGAAGAAGAAGCACCUGCGUGCCGUGGCGAGCUUCCAGCAGGAGAUUGAGCGGAUAGGGGUGGAGAUGGAACCUCUCAUCCUGGAGAAAGGGGAGCUUCUUUUGAAAAAGAUGUCCCAGACCGAUGAGGGUGUUGACGAGCUCUUCAAAAAAGUCGAAAAUGAACCGGACCUUGAAAGCUACACUAUUGAGACCCUGAUGGAGCUGUAGAAGGUGGCCGAGAGAUUCACGCAGCAGAAGCAGGAGAUUAAAAACCUAGACCAAGAGCUGUUGGCCCUGGAGGUCUCUCGAGCCGAGAAGCUAAAGGAUGUGUUGAAGAAAUAUGUUGACAUCAUAGAGAAGACCGCCUACCUCCUGAAGCCUGAUGUAUAUCGGCUGAUAGAUAAAGAAGCCAUGGCCAUGAACCAGGCUCUGCUGGGCAACCGGAGGGCCAUCGCCCAGCUGUUGGUCAACCUGACUGAAGCCACCCUGCAGCAGGAGCUUGACAAUCGCCACCGCUGGCAGGGCCUGGUGGAUGCCUGGAAGGCUCUCAAGAAGGAGGCCCUGCAGCAAAGCUUCAGUGAGUUCAUGGCUAGCAGUAAUAUCCAGGAGCCCCCGGCUGUGCAGAAGGAGCUGGAGGAAAUGCUGAAGAACCAGGAGAUCCUUCAGAGAGUGAGGCUGGACCACCUCUGCACCAUCUGUGACCUCCUGCCCCCCAACUAUAGCAAAAACCAACUGACUGAGUGGUAUGAUACUCUCACGUCCCUGAACAAGCAGCUUGACAACUACCACAUGGACUGCAUGACCCUGGUACGAUUCCUGUACGAGAAGAUUUGGCAGGAUUGCCUGGCCUAUGUACAGGAUUGCAAGAAGCAGCUGCUGGACUGGAAAGCUUUCUCGGAAGCAGAAGCAGAGAGCCUGGUGAAUCCAACCUUCUUUCUGAUGGUGGGGGAGUUCCAGAGCAAGGUGGAGAAGAAGCUGGAGCUCCUGGAUAGCUCCUUUGAAGCCUUGGCCAAGCAGACAGAACUGCAGAGCGCGGACCUCUUCCGGUACUUCCAGGAGGCUGUGAGGCUGUGGGAGGGGCACCAGAGUGUUCUGUUGUCCCAAGAGCUGGAGCUGGAGAAGAGGAUAGAGCAACAUCGACAGAAACACAACCAGGAGAACCAGACCCAAGAGAUCAUCCUGGAUAAGCUUUUAGACCAACUGAGGCAGCAGAGCCAAGAAGAGACACUGAAGGUGCACCUGGAAAAGGCCAAGAUUUUUCUGAAGAACAUGAAGUCCAGGUAUGAAUGUUUUCACAUCCUCCUGACCAAAGAAGUGAUGGAGUACCCAGGGUUCGUACUCAAAGAACUCAACUGCUACAGCUUCACCCUCAGCCGACACUUCUUCAUUCGAGAAAUCUUCGAACAGAAUUUGAAUGGGGAAGUGACUUUCAAGUUCAGGCAACCAGAAACCCACGAAAAGAUCUACAUGCAGAGAGUAAGUAAGCUGAAGAAAAAACACAGGGCGAGAGUGGAAAUCCGCAAAGCUGAAGAAAGCACAGGUCAGGAGACAGGUUCCGAGAAGCCAGCAGAGGAGACGGAAGAGGAAGCGGGGGAAGAGACAGAACCCAUCACGGCUGGAGAGGCGGGGCCACCGGACAAGUUCCCGCAGAGUGACAGGGCAGAAGAGUCUAUCCAAGAGACUGAAGAAAUUCGGAGCAUGAAAGAGACUUUCUCAGAGUCGUCCCUGGAACCAGAAAAUGUGAAGUCUCAAGAAGAGCAGGAGGGGAUAGAGGCAGAUGAAGAGGAGGAGGAAGAGGAGGAGAAGGAAGAGGAGCAUAAAGAGGAAGAAGAGGAGAAUAAGGGAGAAGAGGAGGAAAUAAAAGAGGAGAAGGAAGAGGAGGAAGAGAAGGAAGAAGAAGAAGAGGAGGAAAUAAAAGAGGAAGAGGAAGACGAGGAGGAGGACUAUGAGGAUGUGAAUGAAGAGGUGAUGGAGUACUUUCAAGAGAGCUUACUUAUGGGUCAGGCUGAAGACAAGGAAGAGAGCCUGGAGGAGAUGGCCUAUGAUGAAAUGGAGUUUUUCACAACUGCGAGUGGGAACACUUACUUUGCCUUCCUGUCGGUGGAAGAUGAACAAAGGAUACACACAAGGCCGAAUUCCUACCACGUUGUGCUCUUCCACGAUGCGUUCAGCACCAAGUAUGUAGAACAAGUGACCGUUCCUCACAAACUCAUCGUGAAAGUGAAGAAACGGGUUCGAGCUGGCUUCUUUGAGCAUCUGGAGAAGUGGUUUGACCAGUGUGCCCUCAACGCUCGCAUCAUUGUGGCUGCCAAGGUUGACGAACUGGAUUCGGAACUGGAGCUGCGUCUGCACCUGCACAAGCCAAGACUCCAGCACGUGGAGAAGGAUAUUCACAACGUGAGAGCAGCGGAGCUCCUGCUGCACCGGGAGAGACUGGACAACCACUGCGCAGGUGUGAUCGAGACCCUGAAGAAAGAGAGACUGAUGUUCUGUCAGUUCCAAGAAGAGCAAGCUGUGCGGAGCAAAAACUUCCGCCGCAAGAUCUACGACAUGGAGCACAUCUUCUUGAACGCCAGCAAGAGCCAAAAGCUGGUGAGUCUCACCAAAACACUACACCGGGAGCUGCUUAGCUACGUGGAUGUCAUCCAGGUGUCCCUGCGAAGCUUCCGGCAGUACCUGGAGGAGAGUCUGGGCAAACUCCGCUAUACCAACAUUGACUUUGUCAAGCACUGCAGAUUGUUUUCAGAGGGGGGCAACUUUUCCCCUGAAGAGAUUGAGUCACUGUGCCAUCGGCUGGAGAAGGAGGCCACCCGGAUCGAGUUUGUUGAGAGUUUAAUCAUGAUCCACAUGGAAAAAAUGGAGACGGAUUACCUGGACCAGGCCAAUGACGUCAUCAACAAAUUUGAGAGUAAAUUCCAUAACCUAUCUUCAGACCUGAUUUUCGUAGAGAAAAUCCAACGGCUGAUGACGAAUCUGCAAGUGAACAUCAAGUGUCAGGUGGCCAAGUCCAAUUUGCAAGCGGAAGGAUUAAAUUCUUCUCUGGAGCAGCUUCAGUGCAAGAUACAAACGUGUCGAGAGCAGCGGGGAGAUAAGGGCAUGGUGACCACAGAUGACCUCCUUGUCUUUGUCCGAUCCUGGAAGGAAAAACUGAGCCAGAGGAUUAAGUACCUCAACUGCAGCCUGGAUGUGGUGUGCAUCACUCAGGAGGUCUUUACGGACACCAUCCUGACGGAUAUGGAAGUGGAGAGUGACAUCCACGUGUCUUCAGAGGCCCUUGAGGAGGAAGCCAAGGUGGGCCUCGUUACCCCUGAGUCCUUUGCCCAACCAACCCGCAUGGGGAGGCCCAUGAUUGAAGACCCUGCCGUGGAGGUGGUCAAGAAGAUCCUUCAAAUUCCUCAGACAAAAUCGGCAUGCCCGUGUGACAAGGACCGCUCCCACACAGGUAGAAGCACAGGCCUGUGGGUCUCGGGGAGGAGCGGCAGGGAGGUUGGCGGCAGCUGCAGCCUAUGGUCACCUCUUCUUCCCUGCUCUUGUCCUGGACACUUGUCACCCAAAGCCUUGAAGAAACAUCGGUACCGGGGAGAGUCCGUGAAGAAGGCCUUGGCCAGCUCCAGUGCCACUUCAGCGGGGAGCAUGACACGACAUACCAAGAUCAUCAGAAUCGACAGAAAGUACCAGGUGCUUGGGGAAAGGCCUCCUCCUCAGGCUGAGGACUUCAAAAACAUCAUCCAGACUCUCCUCUGGGAGAGCAACGAGCACCUGCUGUUCGUGGUGGAGGAUUUUUACCGCAAAGAGAAACGCCCAGUCACCAGGCCUGAAUGCAUGUACGAAAACUUUGACCAGUGUGCCGAGCACAUUGUCAAGAAGAUCCUGGAAUAUCAGAAUCAGGCGGAUGAGUAUCACAACUCCUGCCUCCUGGAAUUACGUGCCCAGGUGAGGAGGUUUGAGGAGCUGCUGCCCCAGGUGUGUUGGCUGGUGACCGAGAACUUCAAGGAACAGCAUUGGAACAAGUUCUGCAUAUCCAUGAAGGAGAUUCAGGAGCAGUUUGAGCGGCAGCAGAAUCAACUAGAGAAGAAGAAGGAUGAGAAUGCCCAGAAGCUCCAUCCAAAUCUUGGCCACCCCAUAUAUGCCCAUCAAAUGGAGUCCCUACACAUUGUGGAGGAGCUAAGACAGGAAGAGCUGGACCGGGUGAUCCACACAAACCAGGAGAAGAUGGAGGAAUUUGCCAAGAGGUACAGCCGCUUCUUCAUAGCAAGUCUGGCCUCCUUCACAGAGAAGUUCCUGAUGCAGUUGGAUGAAGUGGUCACCAUUGAUGACAUCCAGGUUCCACGGAUGGAGGCCCAAAAGCAGAAAAUAUCAAUCCUCAUCCGGAGGAAGCUGGCCAGACUGUCUCUGGAGGAAGAGAGCGAGAGGCCCCUGAUUGAACGCGGGAGCAGGAAGUGGCCAGGAAUCAAGCCCAACGAAAUCACCAUUCAAACCAAGAUCCUGACUCGGAAGACACAAUCAAUAACCACCCACAAGACCACCCUGGGCCACUUGGCUGCCGUAGAAGCCCGAGACGCUGUGUACCUGAAAUACUUGGUGCUGUUUGACAAAGAACUGAAGACUAUUCAGAACAACUUCAGGACACUGGAGUUGGAAGCUCAGCGCUGGAAGGACAGCUGGAAACGUUCCCUCGAUACCAUCCAGUCCCUGUACGUGACCCAUCCUUCUCCGGUCCUCAAAUAAAGCCUGUCUUUCUUCCCCGCCGCC